CUCAAGGAGCCGCGUGCGACUCCUUCUCUCUUUUCGUGUUUCCAUAAGCCUUAGAGCCAUGCCUCCAAAACAGCAGCAAAAGGGAAAGGGAGCCACAGACAAGGGUAAAACCCAGAAGAAGGCAAAGCCAACAGGAUCCGGUGGAAAAGCCAAAAAGAAGAAGUGGUCAAAGGGAAAAGUCAGAGACAAGCUUAACAACUUGGUCUUGCUUGACAAAGCCACAAAGGACAAACUUUAUAAAGAAGUACCAAGCUAUAAACUCAUAACACCAUCAGUUGUUUCUGAAAGGCUGAAGGUCAGAGUUUCUCUCGCCAGAACUUGCCUUAAGGAGUUAAUGGGAAAAGGUCUUAUUAAAGAAGUUUCAAAACACAGUUCUCAGAUGAUCUACACAAGAGCUACAAAGGAAGCUGCGAAAUAACUCAAUUUCCCAUUCUUAUUCUGAAAUGAAUAUUUGUUGACAAAGACAAAA